AUUACGGGCUUUUGAGAAAGAAAAAGAGGCCCGUACAAAAUAACAAAACCCUAGGCUGGCUUGGUCUCAUCUAUUAUUAGGGUUUGUUGCAGCCUUCUCUCAUCAUUUUGCAGCAGCAGAGGCAGGUUGAGCAAGCGAGAAAAUCGCAAUGGCAUCAGACAGGAAGCUAGCGAACCCGAUGCGAGAGAUCAAGGUUCAGAAGCUUGUUCUCAACAUCUCCGUGGGCGAGAGCGGUGAUAGACUCACCAGAGCCUCCAAGGUCUUGGAGCAGCUCUCUGGACAGACCCCUGUUUUCUCCAAAGCAAGGUAUACUGUAAGGUCUUUUGGAAUUAGGAGAAAUGAGAAGAUUGCUUGUUAUGUUACUGUGAGAGGUGACAAGGCAAUGCAGCUCUUGGAGAGCGGUCUCAAGGUGAAGGAAUACGAGCUGCUAAGGAAGAACUUCAGUGAUACUGGAUGUUUCGGCUUCGGUAUCCAGGAGCAUAUUGAUCUUGGAAUUAAGUAUGAUCCUUCUACUGGGAUUUAUGGUAUGGAUUUCUAUGUCGUCCUUGAACGCCCUGGUUACCGUGUGGGACGUCGCCGAAGAUGCAAAUCUCGUGUUGGAAUCCAGCACAGAGUAACAAAAGAGGAUGCAAUGAAGUGGUUCCAGGUCAAGUAUGAGGGUGUGAUCCUUAACAAGUCGCAGAAUAUUGGAAACUGAGUGUGAGACAAGAUUGGGAGUUUGCAGCGUAGUUCUGUGCUUUUUAGACUAGCAAUGCAUAUUUCAUCUCAUAUUUUGAAUAGUGACAGUUAUGUUUUCUUCGAACUUCCGAUGUAUCUUUACAACUGUUUUUGCUAUAAUUCUAAGUUGUGUUUCUUUCCUGCAAAA